AUGUCUUGUGGUCGUAAUCGUCGUCGACCGAAAGUCUCUUCAACGUUUAAUUCACGAUUGAAUAAUCAAUAUGAAUCUUCGACAGUCAACAUGCAAUCAAUAGAAAAAAUUCAUAAAUUAUCUCACUGUAGAAAAAGUAAUUAUGCAGGAAAUUUGUCAGAACAAACAUCACGGGAAAAUACGAUUGAUUUUGAUCGAUUUCGAAUCUUAGAUGAUCAUGGUAAUGAUGUUACACCACGAGUUAUCACUGAUUAUGUUCGAAUUAACAUAAAAAAUCGUCGUGACGAUGAAAAGUCAACGACAGAAAUAGUAAAUAAACGAGUAAUGGAAAAUCAAGAAUCAUCUGUUUCUGAUAAAAGUAUUCUGGGUAUGACAAAUAUAACAACUUCAACUUCACAUAUGCUUCAUACUGGUACAUUAUUUUCUGCUGGAGAAAAAACGACACUUGAUAUAGGUACAAGAAUUAUAUUGGAAAGUGAAUAUUUACUUAGUCAAACUCAUAAUGAUCGAAUAUCCCGUACUGAUAAUGAACAUGAAGAAUGUCAAGCAAAGUUUUUACCUGGACUUGGUCUGCAAUGGAUUGAUUCAUUGACAGAUAAUGUUUUAUUAAAUGAAACCGAAACUAUCUUUAUUUUGGAUUUGACUAGUUAUAUUGUUUGGCAAGAAGAUAAUGAUGAAUACAAUAAAAUAAAUGAGAAAAAUAAGAUUUACAUGGAUUUAUGUAAAAAUCGACAAGGCAAUGAUUUAUAUAUCGAACGUGGUAUGCAAACAUUUAAUGAUUUACCUAAACAUAAACAAAUUAUUACUGAUGCUGUAUUGACACGAUCACAACAAGCAUGGUCUAAUACAUGGGAUCUAUAUGAUUCCACAGUCGAAGCUAAUCAAUAUGAAGGCAAAAUCUAUCGUCAAUAUGUAAUACAUAAAAAUGAAGAUUUAAAUGAUAAUAAGAUUAAACAUAAUGAAUAUCAAUAUAGUAAUGUAGAAGGAAAACAUUUUUCCGGUGAAUCAUCAAAAACAUUUUCAUCACACAGUUCAUCGACAUUUUUUUCACAAGAAUCUCUAGUAAAGAUGACUUCUUCAAAAAACAAUUGUUUUCAAUUGAAUGAUAGCAAUAAAAAUAAACUACCUGAUAUUGAUGUUGAUGCAUUUAUUAUGGAACGUAUUCUUAAUUUGAGUACAUAUCAUAUAAAACAAGUUGUUUAUCGAGGUAUCAAUACAAAUCUUAAUGUUAAUCGAGACAAUAGUCGAAAUUUGAUAAUGAAAGAUAAUAAUAAUGAAUAUCUUAAUAAAAAUAAUUUAUCAUUGAUCAAAAAUACAAAUCUUAGUCUUGAACGUUUAUGGCAUUAUGCUUGUUAUCUAACACAUAAUCGAAAUGUUUCUUGUUUAUGUUGGAAUGAACAAAAUCAUGAUUUAUUAGCUGUAGGUUAUGGUAAAUUUCAAUAUAAUGAUGAUAAAGAAGAAAAUAUUUAUUAUUUUGAGUUUCCUGAACGUUAUUAUCAAACGGAUGCUGGUGUAACAUCAUUAUCAUUUUCACUCAAAAGUCCAAAUUUAUUAGCUGUUGGUUUAUUCAAUGGUAAUAUAUGUGUGUUUGAUCUUAAUCAAAAUAAUACAUCUCCAAUUAUUGAUACAAAUGAAUAUGAUAAAAAACAUGCAAAUCCUGUUUGGCAAAUAGCAUGGCAUGAACGAGAUCGUUCAUCGGAGAUGAAUAACAUUGAAACAUUAAUAUCAAUUUCAUCUGAUAGUCGUAUUACACAAUGGAUUCUUCGAAAAGAAUUUGAAGCAACUGUUAAUAAACCAGUAAAAUAUUUAGAUUUGAUGCGUUUAAAACCUUAUCAUUUAUCAGAAACGACAUGUCAAAUAUUAAAAACAAAUGAUGAAACAAAUAUUAAUGGAUAUUUUUCAAAUUUUGUUGGUGGUCUUUGUUUUGAUAUUCGUCUGAACGAUAAAACUAUUUAUCUAUGUGGUACUGAUGAAGGACCUAUUCAUCGAUGUUCAACAAUAUAUAAUGAAAAAUAUUUGGAGUCUUACAUAGGUCAUACAGGUCCUGUUUAUAAAGUUCAUUGGUCACCAUUUGCUGAAAAUAUAUUUUUAAGUGCUAGUGCAGAUUGGACAGUUCGAUUAUGGAUGAUUGGAUAUAAUCGAUCAUCUAUGAUAUUUUCAUCAUCAAAUUCAAAAGUGUUUUUUGAUGCUAUUUGGUCACCUAAAUCAUCAACUAUGUUUUGUUGUGUUAGUGAAAAUACAAUUGAAAUAUGGGAUUUAUCUAAGAGCACACUUGAUCCAAUUUGUAUUGCUAAUAGUACAAAUCAACGUACUUUAACAUCAAUUGCUUAUGCUACAGAUUCUGAUUUUCUCUUAGUUGGAACAAAUGAUGGUGCAGUAUGGAUUUAUCAUUUAGAAAAUCUCUCUUCAUCUGCUAAUGCAAAUGAUUUGAUUACGAUCGUUCAACAGAGUCUACUUAGUCAACUUGAUUUCCUUGAAAAAACCGAUCUACAUCGAGAAACUUCUCUGACAUCGACUCAAUCUAAUUGA